AUGUAUGUGGCUGUAAGCACUCGACCUGACGUGGCUUUUGCCGUCUUACGGCUUGCACGGUUCUUGUCAAAUCCAGGACCCAAGCACUAUAAAGCUGCCGACAAAGUUUUAUGCUAUCUCGAACGUCAUCGUGCGUACGCUUUGAGGCUUGGAGGAGGUGAAGAUUUUUCGGUAUUAAUAGACGCCUUAUUUGCAGAUAAUACACUCGACCGGAAGAGCUCGCAAGCAUACGUCAUGACACUUUUCGGAGGAACGAUAGGAUGGCAAGCCAAUAAGCAGGAUACGGUGAUAACGUCAACUACAGAAGCCGAAUUAUUAGCUCUCGCUCAGGGGGUGAAAGAAGGCAAAUAUGUGCUUCGUUUGCUGCUUGAGUUAGAAAUACGAUUUAAGACACCUACUCUUCACGUUUUCUGUGACAACAAACAGACAUUAGGAUUGCUGGAGAAAGACGCUCCACGACUGCGUACAAAGCUUCGACACGUCGAUAUUCACAAUCACUGGGUUCGACAAGAGGUGCAGAAGGGAGAUAUCCAAGUGCACUAUAUGCCCACGAAAGAUAUGAUUGCCAACGGCCUCACCAAGGCACUCAGCAAGCAGGAACACCAAAUAUUUCUCAAUCAAAUCGGAGUAGAGAAUAUCGACAGCCGUCUCGCUCCCCAGCAAAAAGAUAUAGAGAACCCGGACAUCGAAGAACUGCUUUCUCUCAACGACAUGCCCGACAAUAUAUGA